AUUUAUUUUACAAUAAAUUCAGCUGUGUGCCUUUCACUUAUGUUCAAUGUAUACAAUCUUUUUAGAAUCAGCAUCUUGGAGGCCAAUUACUAUUCGGCUCAGAUAAUUUCUGGAUUUGGAUUCGAUGUUUUGGAUCUAAAUUAUUAUUUCCGAAUUUUUAUUGAUCACAGUCUUUCGCGGGAACAUCCUAACGGAUCCGUCUCACCGAGUACAUAA